CAAAGCACAAGCGAGUAGGCAUGAUUUGUUCUUCUUUCGCGGACUGAGGAGGCGCGUCCACCGGCCAUGUCCCGGAGGCCCCCCCCGGCGUGGUGCCCUCUCUUCUUGUGCCUCUUCACCCUGGCGGUCCACCGCUCCCGCUGCUGGGGCGCCAAGCCGCUGCAGUGCCAGGAGAUCUCCGUGCCCAUGUGCAAGGGCAUCGGCUACAACCACACGUACAUGCCCAACCAGUUCCACCACGACACGCAGGACGAGGCCGGCCUGGAGGUGCACCAGUUCCUGGCGCUGGUGGAGAUCAAGUGCUCGGCGGACCUGCGCUUUUUUCUGUGCAGCAUGUACACACCCAUCUGCCUGGAGGAGUACAAGAAGCCGUUGCCGCCCUGCCGGAGCGUGUGCGAGCGCGCAAGGGCCGGCUGCGCGCCCCUCAUGAGGCAGUUUGGAUUCCCGUGGCCGGACCGGAUGAGCUGCGAGCUUCUUCCGGAGCAGGGACGGCAGGACCUGCUGUGCAUGGACUACAACCAGGAUCCGAGUCAGAGUACCGGGGGCGCCGCCGCCACCAGCGCGGCGCCGCCUCCGCCGACCGACCGGCCGCUCAAGCCCUGGAAGAAGCCGGGUUACAAGCACCACAAGCCGCUCGUCGUGCAGGGCGCCCCCGCGCCCAAGUGCGCACCGCCGGGAGACGCGCACUCGUGCGCGGCGUCGCCGUGUCACAGUCCCUUCUUCACCGCCGAGGAGCGCGCCUUCACCGCCUUCUGGGUGGGCCUAUGGGCGGCGUUGUGCUUCGCGUCCACGCUCACCACCGUGGCGACCUUCCUGGUGGACAUGCAGCGCUUCAAGUACCCCGAGCGGCCCAUCAUCUUCCUGGCCGCCUGCUACCUGUGCGUGUCGGCCGGCUACCUGCUGCGGCUGGCGGCGGGCCACGAGAGGGUGGCGUGCACGCGCCAGCACGGCGUUGAGCAGGCGCACCGGGCCAGCACCGGCCACGCGCUUUGCACGCUGGUCUUCCUGCUCGUCUACUUCUUCGGCAUGGCCGCGUCCAUCUGGUGGGUCAUCCUGUCCCUCGCCUGGUUCCUGGCCGCCGCGCUCAAGUGGGGCAACGAGGCCAUCGCCGGCUACGCGCCCUACUUCCACCUGGCCGCCUGGCUCCUCCCCAGCAUGAAGACCAUCGCCGUGCUGGCGCUCGGCUCCGUGGACGGGGACCCGGUGGCGGGCAUCUGCUACGUGGGCAACCAGAACCUGGACAACCUGCGCGGCUUCGUCCUGGCCCCGCUGCUGGUCUACCUCCUGGUGGGCUCCAUGUUCCUCCUGGCCGGCUUCGUGUCCUUGUUCCGCAUCCGCCGCGUCAUCCGGCGCCAGGGCGGCGGCGGCGUGGCCAAGGCGGACAAGCUGGAGAGGCUCAUGGUGCGGAUCGGGGUGUUCACGGUGCUCUACACGGUCCCGGCCGCCGUCAUCGUGGCGUGCUAUAUCUACGAGCAGCAUAACCGACAGUCCUGGGAAGCGGGCUACAAAUGUGGCUGCCCCCAAUCCUCCUCGGACCGCUCGGAGGCUCGACCCCCCAAGCCGGACUACGCCGUCUUCAUGCUCAAGUACUUCAUGGGUCUGCUGGGGGGCAUCACGUCGGGCGUGUGGGUCUGGUCCGGAAAGACGCUGGACUCGUGGAGGACGUGGUGCACGAGAUGUUGCUGGAGGAGCAAGACCUCCUCGGCGGGAGGGGGGUCCAUGUACAGUGACGUCAGCACCGGGCUCACAUGGAGGUCCGGCACCGGGAGCUCGGUGUCGUUCCCCAAGCAGGUGCCUCUGUCCCGGGUGUGAGCUGGGACGCGCACCGGGGGACUUUUUGUUUUAUUUGGUUUGAUUUUGGACUCUUUUGACUUCUUUUUGGGGGGCACCUACCUGCCUUGGCUAGGGUCAACAUUGCCUUAAAAAGCGACUAAUUACGGGUUUGCUUCACGCUGAAGAGAGGGUAUUUAUAUAAUUAUUAUGUACAGAUCAUGUAAAUAUGUAUAAUUGUCACUUUGAUAGAAGAGUCUAUUUUGAUUAAAUAAAAACACUUUUAUUGAA